AUGCCGCCAAGGCCUCCUGGAGGCGGGCCUACACAAAACUCAGGACCAAAUGUUCAUUCAAAGUUUGGAAUGAAUGCACCCAGAGUGCCCAAUGCCACUAUUCCUCGCAAGCGUCGUGCUGGUACUCAGAGUACUGUUGGUUAUGCCUCUGCAUCCCCGAGCUCUUCUGCGGAGAGCACACUUCACGACGAAAAUGAAACGAACAUAAAUGUUGCUGUCCGUGUUCGAGGCCGUAGUGAUCGAGAAAUUCGUGACAAUAGUGCUCUCGCCCUUAGUACAUCAGGCGCAGUUGGUGCUGAAUUAGCUAUUCAAUCUGAUCCCUCUUCAAUGCUUGUUGCUAAAACAUAUGCAUUUGAUAAAGUGUUUGGCCCUGAAGCGGAUCAACUGAUGCUUUUCGAGCACGCCGUGUCUCCCAUCUUAACACAGGUACUUAAUGGAUAUAAUUGCACUAUCUUUGCCUAUGGUCAAACGGGAACAGGAAAAACUUACACUAUGUCUGGUGAUUUAUCUGAUUCCAAUGGUAUUUUAUCUGAGGGUGCUGGCUUAAUCCCCCGCACCCUUUACAACUUAUUUUCUACCUUGGAUAAUACUGGCCAAGAGUAUGCUGUGAAAUGCUCAUACUACGAACUUUACAAUGAAGAAAUUAGGGAUCUUUUGGUAGCUGACGAUCUACGCAAACGAGCUCGGGUUUUUGAGGAUAGUUCCCGUCAAGGAAAUGUUGUUGUCACGGGAAUGGAGGAAUUUUAUAUAAAAAAUGCAGCGGAGGGUCUUCGGUUGCUUCGUGAAGGCUCCUACCGUCGCCAUGUUGCCGCUACCAGGUGUAACGAUCUCUCAUCACGGAGUCAUUCUAUUUUCACCGUUACUAUUCACACGAAGGUUGCCUCUUCCAGCUCUCAUGAACCUGGAUUUACCAAUAUGUCAUUUUCCUCAAACAACAGUUCAGAUGACUAUAUGCGUGUCAGUAAGCUUCACCUGGUAGACCUUGCCGGAAGUGAAAAUAUUGGUAGAUCCGGGGCUGAAAACAAGCGUGCUCGUGAAACGGGUAUGAUUAAUCAAUCUUUACUUACCUUAGGGCGUGUUAUUAAUGCUCUUGUCGAAAAAUCUCAUCACAUUCCCUAUCGAGAGUCAAAGUUAACUAGGCUAUUGCAGGAUUCCCUUGGUGGAAAAACUAAAACGUCAAUGAUUGUUACCGUUUCCUCUACGAACAGUAACAUAGAAGAGACACUUUCAACUUUAGAGUACGCCUCACGUGCGAAAAGCAUUCGAAACAAGCCGCAAAAUAAUCAAUUAAUAUUCCGUAAAGUCCUUAUCAAGGAUCUGGUCCUUGAUAUCGAGCGUUUAAAGGCAGACCUGAUAGCCACUCGUCAAAAGAAUGGUGUUUAUUUAGCAGAAAGUUCCUACAAAGAAUUGAUUGAGGGUGCGCAAAGUAAAAGCACUCUUUGUCAAGAACAAGCUCGAAAGUUAGAGGUGCUAGAGCUAAAUAUAAAAAAUGCACGUGAACAAUUACAGCUGGUUUCGAAAUCAAAUCAAGAACACAGAAAGGAAAUAGAUAGUUUGCAAGGUCAGCUCGCAUCUUCAAAUUCUCAUUUGGAGACGACAAGGCUGGAGAACGAGAAUUUGCGAGAACAGUUGACCUCAGAAAUUGAAAAAAGGAAGGAAUAUGAAACCAGUGAGCAAAAGAUAACAACCGUUGCAACCGAUCUAUCUCAGUAUUAUCGUGAAUCAAAAGAGUACAUUGUCCGCCUCUAUGAAAAGCUUAGUCGGACGGAAAAGACAAGUGAAGAGAAUGAGAUUAAUUUUUGGAAUCUUAAGCAAGAAUUGCUUGGAAUGCUCACUAGCUUUCAAGGAAAUAUUACGGAUGGGACAAAUGGCUACUUUAAUUUAUUAAACAAUUUUAACGCUUCUAUGGAGGACAUUAUAAACAAUCAUAGUGUCUUAUUAAAUACUUCUGUACAAGAAGUGAACACACAUUUUAGUAAUUUGGAAAAUCUGUUAAGGGAAGCACGGUCUUCUACGAAUCCUUCGACAACGCUUGAUUCUCUUGUUUCAGACUUGUUAGAGUCUCGGAAGAAUUUACUACUUUUACUCGAAAACAGUCUUCAGGAAAUUAGCAUGUCUUCCCAAAAGCUAGGUAAUGGAAUAUCGACUGAACUGAUCGAACUACAGAAAGAGGUUAAAGAUUCAUACCGAAAGGUAGUCCAGGACCUUCGUACGCUCUUCAAUUCGCAACAGAACUUUUGCAAAUCUCAGAAAGAAUCGAUAACAACGGCGAAGGAUGAUAUAACUUCGUUGCUUCAGUCCUGCACUACGUCUAUAAGUGAGAACAAUAGUAACGUUGAUCAAUUUUUAGAUGAAUAUAAGGCUCAGGAGGAAACAAAACAAAAAGAAUUAAUGAAUCGAAUUAACUCGGUGGUUGGUCAGUUUUUGCAAGAGCAAAAUCAGCUGCUCUAUUCAAACGUGGGGGGAUUCCACUCGAAGUUAAAGAAAACAGAGUCAGAACUUGUCGAUUCAAACGAGCAUUUCAAGCUGUAUUUCGAUAAGCUGAACGACGACUCAGAUGUGUUUAACAAUACAUUAUUAGAAAAUAAAGGAAAGUUACAAAGUACCAUCUCACAAAGCUCAGGGUUAUUGGAUGCAAAAGGAAAAAGCAUCCAUUCAAAUUCGCGCUCUGUUUAUGAUGAAUGCAUGACAUUGGCUGAGGCACAAAAGGAGAAUGUUUAUUCAGAAGUUCGAACGCUGGAUCGUUUGCUACAAAGUCUCCAGGCUCAUUCUGAUGAUCAUCUCCAGGAGAGACACGAAAAGCUUUUACUUCGAUUGAAUGACUUAAUGAAAAAGACGGCAGCAGUUAGAAGUUAUGUUGCAGCACCCCAGGAUAACUUGAAUGAGCUUACUAGUCAAAUUCAAGAGGGAACUACGUCUUUGGCACAACAUACAAACGUUUUGCUCGGCAGUGAGACAGAAACUAUGGCAAACUUUGAAACUACAUUAGGAAAUGCGAAAUUUGAUACAAUAGAGCCGACAGCAAAUACGUUCAGGCAAAAGUUUCCUGAAACACCUCCUUGGUCACGAGAUUUGGCAUUUACAGAUGAUUUGUCGAAUUUAUUCAUCAACAAGGCAGAGCUUCGUGAAAGAGAAAACUCUCAGCCGUCUGAUUCACCAACAAAAGAGAUGUACUCGCAACCUAUUCAACGAAUAUCGUCGAAUCCAUCAAAGUCGGAUACCUUCAAACGAACAAAUAAUGCCAUCAACAAGCGGUUCUCUGCACGUGGCAAACACUGA